AUGAGUAUAAACAAAAAUUCUAUAUUUACAAUAUUGAUAAGUGGCACUGUUGGAUGGAGUUUGAAUAAAUUAUAUAGAAAAAAUGAAUUAAAUAUUCAUGGAAUAAAAGAUAAUCAUGAUAUAAUAAUAGUAAGACAAAUAAAUAUUUAUGAUAAUAAAUACAAUGAUAAUAAAUUAAAUAUUCAAAACGAAAACGAGUUACUAAAAUUUGUAGAAAAUUUUAAUAAAAUUAACAAAAAGUACAAAGGGUUUUGUGAAACUAGUAUUUUUAAGAAUUCUUCUUUUUCUAAUUUUAAGAAUGAACAUAGUGAUAAAAGUUUUAAUACAUAUUUAAUUAUAGAUAAGUGGAAAACAAAAAAUGAUUUUGAAAAAUCAAAAGAAGAAUUUAAAAAGUUAUUUCUACAAAAAAAUGAUGAAUAUAAUGAAAAAAUGAAAGAUAUCUAUUACAAAUUUGAGGUUUACAACAAUAAAUAUGAAACAACAUCAGCAAAAAAUAUACUUCAAAAAAUAAUUUAUUUUUUUUUUGAGUAA